CUUUAACCUUCCAUAAGAGAAAGCCCCUGACUUUGCGUAAAAUUCAGCUCUCAGCACCCAGCAGGAAACUAUAGAUAAGCCUAUAAAAGCAGUUUCCUCGUGAGCAUUUGCUUGUAUUUCCCAUCCGGGAUCUUCAAGAAACAAGCUUUGAUAGAAAGUUUGUCUCUUUUUGAUUCGUUUGAUUUAUUUCUUUUACUUAACCUAUAAGAUUCCACUUUUUAUUUAAUUUGCAUUUAGAAUUAUAUUUCAGGCUGUCUUGUUAUUUCAGGAAGGGAGAAUAAAACUAAAAACUGGGUCUCUUCUUUUGGCUUGAUCCAUUGAAGUUUUGAGUGAAAGAUUGGAUUUUUAGUGAAAAAUGAGGGAAAAGCUAGGAUUUUUGGUUUGUGUAUGGUUUUUGCUAUGUGGGUUUUGUUUUGGUAGGUUUGUAGUAGAGAAAAACAGCUUGAAACUAACAUCACCUGAGUCAUUGAAAGGUGUUUAUGAAUGUGCGAUUGGUAAUUUCGGAGUUCCUCAAUAUGGAGGAACUUUAGUUGGUACUGUGGUUUAUCCAAAAGCUAAUCAAAAGGCAUGCAAAGGGUUUGAUGAGGUUGAUAUCUCUUUCAAAUCUAGGCCUGGAGGGUUACCUACUUUUGUGCUUGCUGAUCGUGGAGAUUGUUACUUUACCUUGAAGGCAUGGAAUGCACAGAACGGUGGAGCAGCAGCUAUUCUUGUAGCAGAUGACAAGGUUGAACCACUGAUUACCAUGGACAACCCUGAAGAAGAUGAUGCAGAUGCUGCUUAUCUGCAGAACAUCACUAUCCCCUCAGCACUUAUUAGCAAGUCCUUGGGUGACAGUAUCAAGAAAGCUCUAUCUGAUGGAGAGAUGGUUAACAUGAAUCUUGAUUGGACAGAGUCUCUUCCACAUCCUGAUGAACGGGUUGAGUACGAGUUCUGGACAAAUAGCAAUGAUGCGUGCGGGCCAAAAUGUGACAGUCAGAUUGAGUUUGUCAAGAACUUCAAAGGUGCAGCUCAGAUACUCGAGCAGAAGGGUUACACACAGUUCACCCCUCACUACAUAACAUGGUAUUGCCCAGCGGCAUUCAUUCUGAGCAAACAAUGCAAAUCCCAGUGCAUCAACCAUGGGAGGUACUGUGCUCCAGAUCCUGAGCAGGAUUUUAGCAAAGGGUAUGAUGGAAAAGAUGUUGUAGUACAGAAUCUACGCCAAGCUUGCUUUUAUAAAGUGGCCAGUGAAAGUAAAAAGCCAUGGCUUUGGUGGGACUAUGUGACUGAUUUUUCAAUCCGUUGCCCAAUGAAGGACAAGAAAUACACCAAAGAGUGUGCAGAUCAAGUUAUCCAAUCCCUUGGUGUUGAUCUUAAGAAGAUAGAUAAAUGCAUAGGAGACCCUGAGGCAGAUGUGGAUAAUGAAGUUCUUAAAGCUGAACAAGAUACACAGAUCGGAAAAGGGUCUCGAGGAGACGUGACUAUACUUCCAACUCUUGUAGUAAACAACAGGCAAUAUAGAGGUAAGUUGGAUAAAGGAGCUGUUCUUAAGGCGAUAUGUGCGGGUUUUGAAGAGACCACGGAGCCAUCCAUAUGCUUAAGUGAAGAUGUAGAAACCAACGAGUGUCUAGAAAACAAUGGUGGGUGCUGGCAGGACAAGGCUACUAACCUUACUGCAUGCAAGGAUACUUUUCGGGGUAGAGUAUGUGAAUGUCCUGUGGUUCAGGGGGUGAAGUUUGUUGGUGAUGGUUAUACUCGCUGUGAAGCUUCAGGUUCUUUACGUUGUGAAAUUAACAAUGGAGGAUGCUGGAAGAGAACUCAAGAUGGCAGGACCUUUUCUGCUUGUGUUGAAGAUCAUUCUCAAGGUUGCAAGUGUCCUCCAGGAUUCAAGGGUGAUGGAGUAAAUUCCUGUGAAGAUGUGGAUGAAUGCAAAGACAAGCUGGCCUGCCAGUGUUCAGAAUGCAAAUGCAAAAAUACCUGGGGCAGUUAUGACUGCAGUUGCAGUGGUGGUUUAUUGUAUAUGCGAGAACAUGACGCGUGCAUAAGUAAAGCUGCUGACACAAAGUACAGCUGGAGCUUUGUUUGGAUUAUUAUUCUUGGCCUGGCUGCUGCUGGUGUUGCUGGAUAUGCAAUUUACAAGUACAGAAUCCGGAGAUACAUGGAUUCAGAGAUACGGGCUAUCAUGGCACAGUAUAUGCCAUUGGAUAGUCAAGCAGACAUCCCUGUUCAUCAUGCUCCCCGUGGGGACAUCUGAAGGUGAGCUAGUGAGAUGAUGUGCUGAGGCAUCGACUAAAGAAGCAGCAUCUCUAAAUUUCGAAGUGACCUAUCAGCUUCGAUUUGGCUUGUAGCUAUUUCAGCCAGCACGCUCCCAUUUAGUCACACUCGUAUAUGUAAAUUAAUAUUACAAGUUCUGCAUGUAAUUCCAUGGAACGCAGCAAAUUUUCAAUUCAAUGUAAGAGGCGUUAUGGGAUUCAAAAUUUUAGGCCAUCUUGGUUGCAUUCCAGUUUCAUGCUGCCUAGGUUAUCAAGGAUUUUUCCCUAGUUUCUAAAACUAA